GUCUCUUUACUUCCGUUGCGCUUCAGCGGCUGCUGCUUUUACUGUCUAUGCUGCUGCUAUCAGAACAUGUCUGAAAAAAACAUGGAAGAGAAAGUUGAGCAAGCUACAAACAGUAAAAAUGUAUCUCUGCCGAUGUCGAGGGUGCGAUUAAUCAUGAAAAGUUCUCCCGAUGUGUCCUGUAUCAACCAGGACGCUCUUUUCUUGACAACAAAAGCUACGGAGCUUUUUGUCAAGCACUUGGCCCUGUCCUCGUAUAAAAAUGGUUCGGGUAAAGAGACGAACACGCUGUCAUACAGUGAUCUGGCCAAUGCAGCGGAGGAAACGGAAACAUUUCAGUUUUUAACUGAUAUCCUUCCUAAGAAAAUCCUGGCCAGAGACUAUCUAAAGUCACUGGAAGAAAUGAAAAAAGAUGAUGACAACCUGUGAUGUGAUGUAUGGCAAGUUGGAAAAAAUCACUGUGAACUCAUCCUGACCACUUCCUCACUAAAACAGUAGAUAAAAUCAUAGGACAUUGUCUUACAAAUCAGUACUUUUUACCCAAAGAGUUUUACUUUUGAACCUCUGUUGUUUUAGAGAGGUAAUAUACAUGUUUUACUUAAUGAAGUCAGUAUGUUUUAGCACCCACUUACACUUUGCUGUGUGUCAAAAUGUCUGUACCACUCUAGAUUUACAACUGAACCACUGUGAGUACUGCAAACCAGGAUAUAUGGUGCUUUGUCAUGGAUCAUUGGUGUUUAAUUACUGCUUGAUACCAAUAUUUUAUGUUUCGAGAAGAUCCAAACAUCUAUACAUUCAAUUCAAUUCAGUGUAAAAUCUUAUUGAAAAUGUUUUUCUCAGGGUUUAAAAUGUAGUUUAGAGGUAUAUUUCAUGCCCAUACAUUAACAUUUUCAUCACUGAGGAUAAAAAUGCAUUUGAUUCAUACUUGACUUUGGACUGCAGCUGAAGAUUUAUGUAGUGUACUGUAUAGUUUUUAAAUGCUUUUUGCUUUUCAUGCAGUUUGAUUUUUGUAUUUGAAUAAAUAAAUUUGCUGAUUGUGUUCA